AUGGGUCCGAGUGGCUAUCGGUCAAUGUUGCUUGAAAAUCACACUUUCAAAUUCAACCAAAUUCAAAACCAAUAUCUCGAGGCAGUUUUUGAGAUGGUUCGUGGACAGCAGCAUGCGGCAUCAACAGGACAGGAAACAUUGCAUGCAUUUGUUCCUCCAAAGGCUGAUUCAUUUGGGAACUUUACGGACCUCGACAAAUAUGCUGGAUUUGUUCCAAGCGAGCGAUACCUUGCAAGCAUGAUGAAUAAAGCUAUUGAAUGGGAUGAGGGAGAUGCUAACCAGCACACUGCGUGUCUUGCUCCCGACCAAAUUGCAAUUGAUGACUCACACAAGGUCAAUAAACAUAUUGCAAAAGUUGAUGGUGUACCGGUUUUUACCGCACUAUUUACAUGCAUGGACUCGAAAUACAUACGAGGACAGGCAUUGACGCUCACCAAGUCUCAUGAAGAACGUGCAGGUCCCCUGCAGCAAAUAGCUAAUUCAAUACAUCGCUAUGGACACGAUAGACCAAGUGUCAUGUACUCUGAUGAUCCAGUCAAGGACAAACCGCUUCUAUCCAGUGCUUUCCCGGAACUCUUUGAAGAUUUAACACCAACAGCGGCUGCUCAUGGCUUGACAGCGCUCAACUUACCUAAUGACAUCAAAGUGUCCUGGCUGGCAUCGUGGGAUGUGACAGAAUCUACACUUUCUGCUCUCAUGUCGUCGCUUGAUUCUGAUUCUGACCAAUAUCUGUGUGUUAGCCUUGAUGCUGAAUGGAACUUGUCACGCAAAAUUGGAGUGUCAAUCAUUCAAAUUGCCCCUCACAACCUUCCAAAUAUUAUCUAUAUCAUACCCGUUCAUAAAUUUGGUGACAGACUACCACCAUCACUCCUCCGGCUUUUAAUAUCAAACCAAGUCUUUAAAGUUGGAUCCGGGAUCAAGGGCGACAUCACUCGAUUGAAAAAACAGUUUCCAAUUCUAAGCUCGCAGCUGACUUUCAACGUCAUUGACUUGAAAGAAUACUGCAUUGAGCGUGGAUUAAUUGCGCGAAAGGCAUCUGGAUCGCUUGAAGCUCUAUGUGAGGGUAUUCUCAAGCAGUACCUUCCCAAAGAGCAACGGCUCAGACGAUGUGAGGACUGGGAACUCAAAUCACUAAGCGCCGACCUUCUUCAUUACGCUGCACGUGACGUCUUUGCAUCGCGCAUACUUUUUGAAAAGGCAAUGGAAUGCGCGCCUAUUUCCCGUCCACGGUUUGACUCACCGGCCGGAACACCUAUUGCUCUUCUUUCUCAGGAAGGUAGCGACCCAAUUGCAUAUGGUGUCAUAUCUCCCAAUCAACCAACAUCACUCGGAAACAUUCGGGUUAAAACACCAAAUCGCAACCGCCUUGUCCUUGAUAUAAGCACUGUACUAUCACCCUCGGCCGCUGUUAUGCUUCAUUUGCCAUCACUGGGACAGAACCGAAAGGGAAAGACAAAAUCGGGAGCUCUUACAUUAGAGCAAAUACGGGCGUCAUCCUUGGAUCCAAAAACAUCCACGUUUAAAAUUGUUGCACCGCUCUUGUUAAUCGAAUUUGAUUUUCGAGCAUCACCGUCUAAGUUAAUUGACAAUACAUUGCAACCUAAUGACGUGGCAUCCAAUCAGCGCACAGUUUUAAAGGACAAUCAGCGGCUUACCGGGUCUAGUACCAAGGAGGAUAGCUUGUUGGAUGAUACUGCCUCUGUGGUCGAUGAUUUAAUCGAUGAAACUGAGGUGUCAUCUCAAGACACAUUGGAUCUGGUUGCUUUGGACAUGCUCGAGGCAUACUCAAAGGUUGAAAAUUCCGAAGAUACUCAAAUAGUGCGGCCUACCACCCAGCCCUCUAUUGUGGAUACUCUUCAAAAGUUGAUUAAUUCACCACCCGACGCAAAAUCCGAGUAUACACGCGUGAAGAAGGAUAUUUUCCACGCAUUUCAUAUGAUUCCCAUGUCAGUAAAUCAUGGCGCACGUCCAUCUUUUCUCCGUGCCAUGCGUGAUCAUUUGAUGCGCUGGGACCCCACAAUCCAAAUGGUAGUCGAUGAAGCCUGCCGGAAACACUUUAACCUUACGUUUGAGCAAAUGCUACUCAGAAAUCCUCGAUUUAUUGCCGAACGCACCCCACGAUAUGUCCCCUCUCCAAGUGUCCUUGUUCCCGCUCUAAAACUGGUCUUUGAGACAUUCGGAAACGCCUUGGAUGUCAAGACAGGAUUGCCAUUAUUCAAUGCAGAUGCACAUCAGAAGGCCAACGCUGUAAUUGAGCUUGCACGCGAAGGCUACCUCUCUGACAUUGAAGGAGUUGUCCUAUACGAGCGAGCAGGAAUUGACAAAUAUGGCCUUCAAAAGUAUAAAUGCUUACGUGGAACAAACAAUGUUGAAGGCGGCCCACAUGGUGACAUUUACCGAAAGUUUGGCGCUCUUCAUGAUUCACUUCGUAUUCGACUGGGAAUGGAGUCAUAUAGCACUCAGGCUGAAGUCGAGUAUCGUCUCAGCUCCAGUGACAGUUGGCUUCGUAAGCGACAAGGCCUGGCUCUUCCAGUAUUGCCACCAACGACACUGGAGGCCCGGAAGUAUUUCUUUUCAAAAAUUCGCGAUUUUGCUGCUCUGGCCAAUGAUGCCGGCCAAAGUCGGAUCAAUUUUGAAGCAUUUGCGCAGGAGUGGAACCGAACAGCAAACGGAAAGGAUCGAGUAUACAUUACUACUGAGGUACUAGCAGCCUACUCCAAAACAUGGGAAAAAACAACCAAUAUUUGGGCAUCACAAGAACUCAUUCAAGACAAGCUCGAGGUUCUUCAACAGACAGCAAAUGUAUUUGCUGCAGAGAAGCAAACCUUUCCAGUAUACCUGUCUGGAACAUCCGUCUCAACACAGCCUCGACACGGAGUGAUUGAAAUACCGGAGUCAUCGCAAUCAGGCAAUGUUCCAUCUUCGCUCUCUGUUGGUCUUUCAAUAUCCCGUCCCGCAUUACCCACUCCUGGCCCUACACAGAAUAUUGAUAACUCUGUGAUUGAUCCCCACUUACUAUCUCUUUCUGGUCCAAGGCCUCGUGGCUUAGUGCGGUGA